AGAAUUCUGCACACUACAUCCACUUUCAGAAAUUUAUAUGCAAAUCUCAUGUACCAAACACUCCUCUCUCUCUCUCUCUCAAAAAUUUCUCUCAUCUUGAAGUUCUUGAUUCUGUUCUCUUGUUCUCUGUUGGGUUUCCUCUGUAAUGAGCACAACUCAUGUUUCUAUGUAUAUUAAUUGAAGAAUUCCCUUUAUGGGUUGUGCUUGAACCGCUUUCAAUCUAUUUCCAGCUGAAAAUUUCCCAUCAAAAGGUUAGGGUUUUUAUAAAUUUGAUCUUCACAGCUUUGUAGAACCAAUCUUUAUCAGUUUUGACCUGGUCUCAAUGAAUUCCUUUUGGUACUUACUGUCCUUUGCCAUGUUUAUGUUUCUUUUUUAACAUGGUGCACAGAGACAAAGACCCAUAAAUAUAGGAGAGACAACCAAACAUCAAAAUCAAGUGAUCCAGAAAGAAAAGGAAAAAGAAAAUGUAUGAAGAAAGUGCUUGCUUUGAUCCCAACAUCACUAUGCAAGAUGGUUUAGCUGAAGAUGGUUUUCCACAAAAUGUCCCAAAUUACACCCCUAGUUUCUCCAUGGAAGACCUCUCUUACCAUCAAAAUCCACCACCAGAAGAAGCUGCCAGAGCCGCCGCCAUGGAAGUGGAGCUUCAGCAGCAAAUGGGUUUGGACAUGGAGCACUGUUACAACAAUAACAACAACAUCAACAACAAUUUCAUUGAUACCCAUUUGAUGCAAGAAGUGGUUCAUGACUCUAACCAAGUCUUACAAUAUGAUCAAUCCAAUUGGGACAAUAGUGUUAACCAUGAGAUUCAAGAGAUGAGCUUUCAUAACCCUCCUCAUCAACACCAGAGUUUCAAUAACUCUUCUUCACUAACAGACAAUCCAUACCCUCCAACACCAGAUCUCCUCAAUCUCUUUCACUUGCCAAGGUGUUCACUACCCAAUUCAUCAUUAUCUUUCAUGAAUCCAACCCAAAAAUCUGCUAAUUUUCAGGCAUCAUUAGGGUUUCUUGGGGACCUUCCAUCAGCAACAGACACCGCGUCUGCGGCGUCAAGUGUAAUGUAUGAUCCUCUAUUUCAUUUGAAUCUUCCAGCACAGCCUCCUUUGUUUAGGGAAUUGUUUCAGUCUCUACCGCAUGGGUAUAACCUGGGAGGAUCAAGAACUGGUUCUUUGUUUGGUGGUGGUGGGGUUGAUGAGAGAGAGGGAAGUGGAGGUGUGUAUCAAGAUGCAGAAGGAAGGCAUUUUGAUAGUGGAGUUUUGGAGUUCAACGGGGACAUGAAUUUUAAGGCUUCUAGAGGGAGCAAUGGCAAGGGGACUACUAAACAUUUUGCUACUGAGAAGCAAAGGAGAGAGUACUUGAAUGAUAGGUUCAAGGCUUUGAGGAGUUUGGUUCCUAAUCCUACCAAGUCUGAUAGAGCAUCAGUAGUUGGGGAUGCUAUUGACUACAUCAAAGAGCUACUUAGAACAGUCAAUGAGCUGAAAAUCCUUGUGGAGAAGAAGCGGUGUGGCAGAGAGAGGAGCAAGAGACACAAGAAAGACGAUGGUAGUGCCACCGGAGACGUAGAGAGAUCCAACAUGAAGCCUGAUCCAGAGCAAUCAUACAAUGGAUCGACAUUGAGGAGUUCAUGGCUUCAGAGAAAGUCCAAAGACACCGAGGUUGAUGUUCGUAUCAUUGACGAUGAAGUUACCAUCAAACUCGCUCAGCGCAAGAAAAUCAAUUGCUUGUUGCUUGUGUCCAAGGUCAUAGAUGAACUUCAGCUUGAUAUCCAACAUGUUGCUGGUGGGCUUGUUGGUGACAACUACAGUUAUCUCUUCAAUAGCAAGAUAUGUGAAGGAUCAUCAGUGUAUGCUAGUGCAAUAGCCAACAAGCUCAUUGAGGUUGUGAACAGACAGGAUGCAGAAAUUCCACCAACCAGUAGCUAUUAGGGGUAGAAGAAGAAAUCUGACAUGAUAUUGGUAGUCCUUUUUCUCUCUCAUGACUGCUCUCUCUCUCUCUAUAUAUAUAUUUGGGAAUAUAUAGACAAUAAUAAAGUUGGUGGCAGGACAAGUAUAUGGAUUGUGUAGCAACUUUUUUUAAUUUUAAAGAUUGAAUGUUGUUUGUUUUAUUA